CUCCCACACAGAGUGAACCACAUCACAACCAAUACACUUUUAGAUUACAGUCAGAAGCAUUUUGUUGGCAGUGGUGUGGCACUAGUUGGUGUUGGUGUUGACCACCAACAAUUUGUUGACCAAGCUAAAGCUGCAUUCUCUUCACUACCACAAGGAAAUGUUCCUGCUAAGGAACAAGCCAAAUACUAUGGAGGAGAGGCUGCAGUACAUAAAGCAUUUCCAAUGGUCCAUGCUGCCAUGGUUACGGAAGGAGCAAGCUUGAACAGUAAGGAUAUGCUGGCAUUUGGAAUACUACAGAGAGUACUAGGGACAACUCCUUUUAUAAAGUGGGGCAGUCACACAGCCACUUCAAGGUUGAAUAAAGCUGCCAGUCAGGCUGCAGAUGGACCAUUCUUCGCCUCAGCUUUGAACCUGAGCUACUCUGACAGUGGUUUGAUGGGUCUGUACGUCAUAGCAACACCAAGUAGUGCCGGCAAGGUAAUGAAGGCUGUUGUGGCUGAAUGUCUUAAGGUAGCUAAAGGAGAUGUGAGUGACGCAGAUCUUACAAGAGCAAAGAACCAGUUCAAGGCUAACCUAUUGAUGGGAUGUGAAAGCAAUCAGACCACUUUUGAAGACAUUGGUGCACAAGUAUUAAUGAAAGGCUCAUAUACUUCUGUCCGCGAAGUUGCAGAAGCUGUUGAUUCAGUAUCAAAGAAUGAAGUUCUUGCGGCUGGCAAACGCCUGUUCAGUGGUAAACCUACUUUGUCAGCAGCAGGAGAUGUCACCAACGUUCCACCAAUCAGCGACUUGUUAUUCACGUCCAUAUUUAGUCUUGGAGACUUUCCAAAAGCACUCAGUGUUGUUUGCUUGCAGCUAAGCGCAGUUUACACACUGCACCUAUUACGCGAAUCUCAAAGUCCAUCAACUUGGAGUGUCAUUAGAGUGUUGUGGUUUAAAAAUUGCGACCAAAACCGCAGAAUGAGGAACUUUGUAGCUCUCUUCCUGUUGUUUUUGUCGAGCUUUUUGAUCGCCAGAGUCGUGACGCAGACGCACUACAAAAAACAAGGCUUAUCGAAAACAUGCAGCCCCUCAUCAACAGUCUGUGACAGCACCAAGAACCAAGUCAACCAACCAAGCCGAAGAAAAAUCACUCGAAAAGAAAAAUGCUGUUUACUUGGAAGAAAAAUGGCCAAGAUAGGUGACUCCUGCACGUAUGCACCAAGCCUGGUUACCAUCAAGCCUGAUUUUCGGCAUUUUCAUAAACUGAAGACGAAACUCUGGAUUGACUCUGGAAGACCUGUCGUCAAAGUCCGAUUGUUGAAAAAGUGCAAGAGAUUUAAGGCGUUUUACGAGAAGUGCUGCACGUAUGAGUCUGAAAUGAUUGACAUGGACAUUAAGAGGAUGAUUAAGAGGUUGCAAAAAUUCUUUAGGAAGAGAAGAAAUAAGGAGGCAAAGAAAAGGAUAAAGAAAGGAAAGCCCUCUGAUUUUCCCUGGGGUAAAGCGGCUUUGGAGAAGUAAGCAAAUAUCUUGGAAUUAAAUCUCAAAAAAAAAAUGACCAAAUAUACCACAUAUAUAUAUACCAUAUACCAUAUUUACUAUAUCAAUCCCUAAGAUAUAGGAUUUGUAUCAAGGUGGACUUUAAUGGUGACCAUUUGGCGUAUGCAUGACCUUUAUAUAUCAAUGCAUGUCAUUUCUCCAACACUGUGAUUGAACAAAAAGAAUUCAAACAAAUACGUUACUAAAGCAAGAAUUUAUUAACGAUUGCAUGGACGAUGAAAAACUAAGUGCGUGAUUUCUAGUAUGUGGGUUCCUCGCUGCUGAGUGGUAAAGCAUUUUCACACAGUUGUGGGACUCGAAUACACCUAAUUAAAAAAACGUCGGGUUCAAAAAAAGGUUAUAUCAUCAAAGCUAAGACCGAAGGGGAGCAUGGAAAGACAAACAAUUAUGCUAAUUUCAUGCGUAUUGCAGUUUUCCCUUCCUGUGCACAUUAUGCAUCAUGGCUUUGGCAUGUUGUUAAUCUAGGUCUACCGACUUUGCUCUACUGUGCAUUUGUACAUGUUUAAAUGCAAAUAUGAUACACAUUUCGGAGUACCCAAAAUCCUUUUCGGUCUAAGCCUCGAUGAUAUGACCUUCUCGAACCCGACUACGCUUUUUCAAUUAGGUGUACAUAUAUAGCCUGAUUGAAAAUACCUUUUUUUAGUACUAAAUUAAUAAUCAUUACAAAAUUAAAUCAUCAUUUUUACCUCUUGGAGGAGAAAGAAGAACGAGGUGCGAUGGUGCUUAAGCGAAAACGCAGGAUCGUAAAAGCUGAAAUUUCGUAAAAUUUGAUUUGGGUGAACAGUGAAACGUGAGUACCAUUUUUUUUCUUGAAAAUCGAGAUUUCGGAAAAACGUCCUUGAAACGUGAUUGUAAUAAACACUGUACUCUGAAGACAGCAUGCGUUUGACGCUGACAUGCGCCUUUGACCUGACACGCACUGAGCCAUGUGUUUAAUUAUUACUGUAGUCGCGUAACAGAUCAAAACUAUCAUAGUAGUAUAUUAUUUUCCAGAUUUUCUGUUCACGGGGACAAAGGCAGCCUAAGCAAUGUACCUGUGCUGUCUUAUGAUGAAAAAAUGGUAAAAUUCUAAAAUUAAAAAAUUGAACUUACCUUGA